AUGGCCGAUUUUGACGAUGACGAUGAUUUUGAGGCAGACGCUGGAUUUGACGACGAUGAUGACGACGCAAGUUGGAAGGUUCGAAGAUGUGCUGCGAAAACUCUGUAUACCUUGAUCUCAACUAGAGGUAGUGGUGACCUACUCGAGGAUGGAACUCUAUACGCCCAAGUGGCUCCAACUCUUAUUCAAAGGUUCAAUGAACGAGAAGAGAAUGUUCGACUUGAAGUUAUUGCUACCAUGGCAUGUCUAAUUGGGAAAACUGGGGAGGGUGUCCUAGUCAACUUUUCGCCAGAUGAGUCUUUAAGCCAUGCAAAUCAAGCGCCCCCAAGUCGAAAGCGCAGAAGAGAGAGUGCUGGGUCAGCCACUUUUGAUACUAAAUCUUUUAUUUCAAGAUCUGCUGGUCUGACAUCACCAACCAUUGAGCCGCUCCCUGCUUCAGGUCCCCGAACAGACCUGGCAAGAUUGACCCCUGUGAUUGUAAAGACUGUUGUGAGAUUACUGAAGACAAGCCCCAUUCCAACGAAGCAAGCUCUCAUCAAUCUUUUGGAUGGAAUGGUUUCAGUUCAGGUGGGAGGCUCUCAGAAUACUUUGGCUCAGCUUUGUGGAUCCUAUCAUAGAUUCUAUCAAAACAUCGGGAGGUUUCAUCGUCUACCGCAACUACUAGUGGCGGUGCUGCCUCGGCCACUGCACAUACUCUGCGAAUUGCUGCUCUCAAGUUAUUGGGUUAAUGUUGCACAAACUCAUUCUUCGAGCGUUUUACAGCCACACCUACCUAAAAUCAUUCCAUGUGUAGCAUCAGCUGUACAUGAUAGGUUUUUACAAGAUUCUGGUGAGGCUGUCGUCGAUCGCGUAUCCGCUACCGAUGCAGAUGUUGAAAGUUCGUCAACGUGCUAUACAUGCUCUAGGUAUUAUGCUUGCUGCACAGCAAGUCCCGAGGGCUUAUCACUUCUCUCAGAAACUAACCGAAGUUCUGCUCUCACUCUGCUCAGUGAUAGACUAAAGAAUGAAACCACUCGCCUCGCUGCUGUAAGAGCUAUUGAUACUAUUGCUGUCGGUUCAAUUGAGGUUGGUCCAACCACUAAAGGCCAACUGCAGCCACCAUGGAUUCGAGAUGUUUCUCUAGAGCUUGCAGCACAACUCCGAAAGGCCAACAGAUCGCUUCGCGGUGCAAGUCUUGGAGCCCUUAAGAAUCUCAUCGUUUCUCCGGCAGCCAGAAAUUCCCUCGACGCUCCGACUGUUCAAGGCCUUAUUGACGCGCUUCUUCCGCUUUUAACCACAGUUGAUCUUCACCUUCUAGGUCCGGCGCUUUUAUUAAACCUUGCUCUUUGCGGCUUAUUGACUUCAUCAUUAAGUGGCGCUGUACUUGACGCUGUCCUUCUUUUGGUAGCCAAUAUCGGCAAACAAGGAGUUGGCCAACCUUUGAUGUCUGGUUUAUUAAGAUAUGUUAGUACUCGCGGAGACUCUACAGUCGUAGGAAAAGCUAUUGGCACGCUUUUGGUAUUUGGAGGAUCCUCAGUCGGAGUCUCACUUGACAAUUUCUUAAGCGAAGUACAAAAUCCCUCCUCGGAUGAAGCUAGACAAUGCUUAGCCUUGGCUGUUCUCGGAGAAGCUGGAUUACAGUUGGGUGCAAAAUCGCCAUUGAAUCCAUCAACCUUCACAGCUCAUUCAAUCCUCUUAUGGACAAAGUUCCUCUUGCUGCAGCAAUCGCAUUAG